AUCCCGGGGCCACUGCGUCCGAUGUCUGGUCGCGACGUUGUUGCCAAGACCUCGAGGUCCGUCAUUACGUAAGGUAAUGUCUCGGUUAAGUAACGCAUUCAAAGCAUAAAGAGAAUCGCCGAAGAAAAAAAAAACAUCAAAAACUCAAAAUCACAUAUAGUUUGUUGUGACUAUAGCAAAACCUGCAGUGAGGAAACGCGAGCCAAGAGCCAGGGCUUCGGACGGCGUGCGAGUCCCAACUCCUCAGUGAGGUGUGAGGCCCCGCAUGCCGCUCUCUCACUCACACCACCUCCUCCACUCAGCAACUUGGUGAAGGAAUGCGAGACUAACGAACUAAGGAUGGUGGAGCAAAAUUGUGUGCUAAUAACUUGGAGUGUACAAAGCCUGAACUAACCUUAACCAAGUAACUAUGUACUGUUUUCUUCACAUAUAACACACUACCCUCUCAGAAGAUGGAGCCUUUGGUGAUUAACUCAGCAAGAAUGUAACACUAUGUGUGCCAUAAAUGUACUUGUCUAGUCAUGCCUAGUCCAUUAAUAAUUACAUAGUAGUGAAAACUGCAUGCAUUUGGGAAAUUAACUAUCUGUGUAUAUAUAAGUCUUUUUGGAUAGUCAGUGAGUUUACCAAAUCUUGUAUACUCAAAAUAAGAUUGAAAAUGGGAGAAUUCACAAUAGAAUGUACGCUUUGUGGGGGAGCAUUUGGAUGUGAAAAGGAUUAUGAUGCUCAUCCAUGCAUGGAAGAUGAUGUUAAAGUGCCAUUUAAGAUUAAGUUGGAGCAGCGUGAGGAUGAAGAAGAGACAGAACUUGAGAGUGAGACUCAGCGAAUGUUGAAGGAAGGGUCGAGUCUUCACAUACAAGAUGUUCAUUCCGUGUCAGUUAAAGAGGAACCUGAGGAGAGAAUGGACUUCAACGAUGAAGAUCCACUUGACAUAAAUAAGAAUAGUGACCAUGAAAUGGAAGAACCAGAACUAGAGAUAGGCUCUCAAGAGGAUGAUGCUGUUAGUGAGACAGAAGAGUUAGAACCAUUAACAUGUAAUCCAGAUUUGACUGUGGAAAAAGUUACAGAUGCUGUCAGUAUUCGCAAUGAGUGUGGCAUUUGUGGAAAAAGAUUUUAUCAGAGAGAGGAUUUCUUGAAUCACAGAGCUAAUUCUCAUAAGAUACCCAGGCCAUUCCAGUGCAAGAUAUGCAAGAAAAGAUUCACUCAGAAACAUUAUGUUACUUUACAUAUGAGAGUCCACACAGGGGAAAGGCCUUAUAAAUGUAAACUUUGUGCCAACACAUACACUCAUAAAACAAGCUUCACAAUUCAUAUGAGAAUUCAUAAUGGUGAACGGCCAUAUAUGUGUGGAGUGUGUGGAAAGAAAUGUUAUGACAAAUCUGGUUUGACUAGCCAUAUGAGAUCACACACAAAAGAAACUCCCUACCAGUGUGAAGUUUGUGGGCGACGCUUCACGCAUUCCAAGAGUCUCUUGGUUCAUCGUAGAAAUCACACUGGAGAAAAGCCAUAUGAGUGUCAGUACUGUGGGAAAUGCUUCAGACACUGGCAUAAGCACAAGAUCCACAUUAGGCUUCAUACUGGUGAGAGACCCUACAGAUGUACUAUUUGUGGGAAAGGAUUCCCAAGGAAUGAUGAAGUGAAACGCCAUAUGCGAAGUCAUCAGGGAAUUAAAUCUUUCAAAUGUUCAAUUUGUGGUGUUUAUUGUGCAACCCAGGCAAGUAUAACAGGUCACAUUGACCUCCAUCAUGCAGAUUUAAAGCAAGUAGAUGCUUCUGCUCCAGAGAAAACUGUUGUAAGGGAUAGCAACUCUGGUAUUCUUGGAACAAAAGCACCACAGCCUCGAACCAUUUAUAAACCAGUCUCAUCUGCUGUGACAGCAUCUUCCAGCAACACUUCUAAUGCAACAACCACACAGGCAAGCAGCUCCCAAGCAACAAAAACAACAAAUUCUGGAAUUAAAAUUGUCUCCUCUGCAAAGAUAAUUGCAAAAGAGAUAAGUAAAAAAUCAAACAAGACUGUGGAGCAAACCAAGAGUGGGGGAAAGACCAAAACUCUGACUUACAAAGAAUUUAUCGAACUUCAGGAAAAGUUGUUAAAAGGAAAGGCAGCAGCUGUCAAAACACCAACCAGUGGUUCAACUAGUAAUAAUAAAAAAGCAACCGAAGAUGCUGUAAACAACAGUAAAGGGGAUGUAGCAAAAGUUAAGAACAUCAGGAUUUUCUGCCCAGCCAGCAGUGCAGCAGCACCCAAUGCAAAUCUUGCGGGGAAGCAAAUAAUGGUGCUUUCUCCCCAGAAUGGCCAAGUUAGUGGAGGAGCUCAGUUUGUUGUACCACACUCCUUAGGUCUCAACAAGCAGAUGAUAGUGACAGCUCCAGCUAGCAAUGGUAGUGGACCAAGGUUUGUUAUUCAUCAGCCUGAUACUGCACAAACACAGUUGGGGGGCCAGCAGGUGGUUUUGCUUUCACAGCCUUCUGUUCAGCAAAACCCACUAAUGCUGUCUCAGCCAGUUAUAUUAUUAACUGGAGGUGUUGCCCAACAGAUGGUCCUAAUGCCAUCUAAAACAACUGUUGCCAGUACCUCAACUACAAGUUCUCAACAGGCUGUUGUGAUUUCAAAACCAGCAACAAGUAUGCCUUCAUCCAGUGCAGGAAAUUCCGCUCAGUCAGAUAUACUAACCACAGUGAAGAAGGAACCCGAAGAUCCUCAGGAACAAAAUGAUGUAAGUAUCCCAAAGGUUGUGAUCAAACAGGAGCCAGGAGUGUCUCUUCCAAAUGGGGUCGUGAUUAAACAGGAACCACUGAGUGAUACGAUUGUCAAUACUAGUAGUAUGUGCAAUGUUAUAAUUAAGCAGGAGCCUCAGGAUGAUUGUGAAUAGUCUGAAGGCUUCUAUUUUUUAAGGUGUUCAGGUCUUUUUAAGAAGUUUCCAAAGUUAUGAGGAAUUUAGCUUCUUAAACAAUUUCUUCUUCUUGAUUUUGUAAGACAAGAACUAGUCAUAAUGUGUGCUAUGAAUUUUUCUUUGUGCAAUGAUAUGUUUGUACAUGAAAAUCAUUAUCUUGAUUGCUUUAGGAGAGAGUUGCUUUUUAUUUUUCAUCGAGGAAGGCAGAUUUUCAGCCAAAAUUGUAAUGAACAGAUGCCUUUAUUGUACCUGUGAACUUAUUCCUCUGCCAGAAUGCAUUCCAAAAUAAUUUAUUUCUAUAUGCAUGUAAGUACAGACCUUUAUUUCAAACAGUAGAAAAAGAAGUUGGCAAUAUAAUAGAUCUCCCCCAAAUAAUGCUUUAUAUUUUAUCCUAGAUUUAUUGUCAAUUUGUAAAAUAUUUAUAUGCUUAUUAUUCUUAUGGUGUACUUAAGUAAUUCCUCACAGUACAAGCUUAGUCAAGCUAGUCAGUAUAAGGCCAGGAAGUGAUGCUCAUUUAAUGAUAUAAGGCAUCUUGAUUGCUUGUUGGAUUAUCAGAACUAAGCCAGAGAUGAAAUAACUUAUACGGUAUUACUAGUUUUUAAAAGUUAUUAUUUGUAAGGCAACACUAAUUAUGUUUCCAAAACAUAUACUGUAUACUUUGUCUCAGUCAUAUGGCAGUUAUGUUUUCUUAAUCCAGCUAGCUGGCAAUAUUUAUAUUUGAAUUAGAUUAUAUUACUUAAGUGUGUGAGAUGUACUUAAUAUUUAUUUUAAAUUACCCUAUGAAACUUGUAGCUAUGAUACAUUUUAUGAUUUACCAGUUUAUUGGUAUGGUAUUGCAUGAUUUUAUAUGGUUGAUAAUUAUCUUUGUGACAGAAUACAUCUUUCCAUGGUGUGGUUAUUGAUCAGUUUUCUCUGUUGAGUGAAAAUUGUUUGUCUUCUCUGGAUAUGUGUAUAGGUUAAGACAAGCACUUCUUUCUUAAUUUGAUGGCAGCAAAGUCAGUUACUUUGCUUUUUUGUUACUUUUGAAUCCUUGCAAUUUGUUAGUGUAUAUAUUAUCUUAAUUUUGUGAUAUUUCUUAUGCUUGGUCCUAAUUAGUGGAUGGUCUGUUCUUUGUGCAACAGAAAACAUUUUGUGAACAAAGAACAGAUUCUUUAAUGGUUGCUUUUUCCAUGUACAAGUAUGGUGCAAAUUUUUUGAAUUCUGGAAUUCUAAACAAUAUACGUCAAACAAGAUACAUUCCUUUAUGUUGGUCUUAAAUGUUAGUCCGAAUAUGGAAAUGCAUUAUUAACCUGAUGAAUCCAGGUCACUUGCUGCCUGCAUCUGUCUGAAAAAUCUGCAAAUUAGGCUUACUUGAGUGGUGACUCUCCCUGGUAUAUGGCUUGUAGGCCUGGCCUACACAGACAUUUGUAUAUUUAUCAAGACUCCUCAUCUUCCCCUUGCAAUGUUGUUAUCCCUUUUCCUGCAUAAUCAUUUUUUACCAUUUACCAAGGUCUGUAUUAGUCAUUUGAUAUGCUAUAUCAGAAAGGUAACAGACUAUUUUCCUUGCACAGAUUCCAUAUUAUCUCUCUUGGUAGUCUACUAUUAUGUGUAAUAGCUGUAACAAUAAGUAACAUUUUUGUUAAUUGUGCAUUGUAAGAUUUUUGGUAACACACCAUGUGUUACAGCAGGGAGGGAUAUGAUCCUGAGCUUGAAAAUAGUGUCCUCACUCAUGCUAGCACUCAUUCACCCAUGGCUUAUGGAUGGUACAUUCCACCCGCCUUUACUAGUGGAAAUAAUUCAAGUCUUAAUCUUCCUCGAGCUUUGUGCACUCAUUCUGAUACAGUGGCCUUCAGCCAAAUUUUUCAUGGAGGCACGUUCCUGUCACCUGAAGCUCAGCCAAAUGUUUUUAUGGCAUGACAGUCAUGUCACCUGGAUCCAAUGGGUUAAAACUUAUGAAUUGGGGAUGGAUAUUAUUAUUAUUAUUAUUAUUAUUAUUAUUAUUAUUAUUAUU